AUGGCUCUCCGUACACGACUUCGUCGAGCGUUUACUCGCGGCUCUUCAGAUGAAGGCUCUGGCGGUCCUCUUAGCAGAAUCACCUCAAGAUCUUCUAAAAAGGACAAACCAAAGCCAGACCCAAAUGUAUAUCAGCCAGGCGAGAAGAUGCCUCCUAUGAAAUACCGCAGGCCCGUGGACCCUAUACACAAAAAGAAUCUCGAAGCCUUCAAUUGGGCGACUUCUUGGCGACGGAAGAGUGACCCCAGUGUUUACUCGCCCAUGGGAAGUCGCAUGCCCAGUCGGAAGAACAGCCACACUACACUAGGGAGACGGAGCAUCGGCGGCAGGAAGACGAGUUCACGAGCGGAUGACUCUGCUGUGGAUAGUGGCUUUGGAGGCAGCAUUUCCGGAGACACAGAUCACCCAAGUCUACUUAGAGAGGGUAGCGAGGAGGAGGGCGAUGUCACUAAUGUUGGCCUUUCACGACCGCCUACAAAUGACCGGCCUCGCAAAUCCUCCUCCAUCCACGGCCGCCGCUCCCAUUCUAUACACCGUACCCUUUCAAAUAGAUCCGGAGGAUCACGUCCUCCCACUAAAGAUGGUGCCAUACGUCGGUCAGGUUCUUCUCGAGGAGAACCAUUCACCCCAGCGGAACUCGAGCUGGCUCUCAAACGCUCCCACCUAGAAACUCCGAAGGAAGAAUCCGACCGAAGCGGAGAUGGAAGCCCGAACACUCCCUCCAACGGCCAACUAAAGCUGAACCGUCAGAGCAUUUAA